AUGGAGAAAGGUGCGCGCCUUUCAGAGUAUCUUUUCGCGACGAUGGGCUCGGGAGACCGAGGGCCGAAGACUACGGAGGACAGGUGUGCGGAAGUCGAGCCCACCGGUCUGAGGAAAUGUCUAGUAGACAAUGCCAUGCUGGUGGUUACAUUGAUAGGGGUUCUUGCAGGCGUUACUAUUGGUUUCGGACUUCGACCGUAUAAUUUAGGCCCGGAUAUGUUAAUGGCGAUAUCUUAUCCGGGUGAAAUCUUUAUGAGGUUACUAAAGCUGAUGAUUCUACCGUUAAUAAUAGCCAGUUUAAUCGCCGGUUCAGCGAGUUUGAACGCUAAGAUGAGUGGAAAGAUCGCUGUACGAACUCUCUUGUACUUCAUUUUGACAUCUCUGUUUAACGCUUUCCUGGGUAUUUUACUCGCGGUGUUGAUACACCCGGGUAAACCGGAGCUGCGAGAUACUACCAAUGGGACGCCGGAUAAACGAGAUCACAGAAUCUUGGAUAGCUUCUUCGAUAUUGGUCGCAAUAUAUUUCCGGACAACAUAGUGCAAGCUACUUUCCAACAAUCGCAUACAGUGUACCGGCCGGCGUUAGUUGCCAGCAAUUUAACUGGCAACGACACAGUUCCUACACUCGUCAGAGUUGUUUCUGAAAGGGCAGGCACGAAUACGUUAGGGUUAGUGUUCUUUUGCCUGGUCUUCGGCAGUGUACUUGGAAGUCUAGGACCCAAGGGUCAGGUGGUGAUUAACUUCUUCCAAGCGAUUUUCGAGGUGACGAUGAAGAUGGUGACAGCUGUCAUGUGGUUCACUCCAGUGGGAGUCAGCAGUAUUAUCGCUGGCAAGAUAUUGGGCGUUAGUGACGUCGUCCAAAUGUUAUCCCAGCUGGCGUGGUUCAUAAUGACGGUGACGAUCGGCGUGUUCCUCUACCAGCUUGUCAUCAUGCAGUUGAUAUACUUCUCGUUCCUGCGCCGGAAUCCGUAUAAGUUUUACUUCGGAUUGUCGCAUGCGAUGUUGACGGCUGCCGCUACUGCCUCGGCGGCUGCAGCUCUGCCAGUAACGUUCCGCAGCAUGGAAGGUCGGCUGCAGAUAGACCCUCGUAUCACGAGAUUCGUGCUGCCCAUUGGCUGUAACAUCAACAUGGACGGCACCGCGCUGUUCCUCUCCGUAUCCUGCAUAUUUAUCUGUCAGAUGAAUGACAUGGCUCUCGGUUUUCCUCAAUAUGCUGCUGUGCUAGAUCGUAUCCGCACUACUAACAACAUGCUGGGAGAUUGCUAUGCGGCAGCCGUCGUAGAACAUCUAUCUAAGAAGGAGCUCAUGGCUUGUGAUUCAGCUUUGACGGAACCAACGGAAUCUAACGGCUUGCUGCAGACUUCUAACACAGAAUUGGAUCUUGAGAUUAUAACUUCUGGAAAUAAAUCUAUAGUAUCCGAAGAUGUCAUCAUUGAUAUGCAUUUAAGGAAGAAUUCCACUGCAUCUAACAAUAAAGUGUAAGAGUCAGGUGAUGAAAUGUUAUUUAGUGCGUAAUUUUAGUAAUCAUUUACAAUUUAACGUAUGUACGAUAUAUCAAUUUUCGUAAAACCUACUAGAAUUAAUGCAACUUAGAUAUACGUUGUUAUUUAAUGUUCUCCAUGUAUGAAUGUAUGGAUAAAUAUUGCGGUAUUCAAUAGAACCUCAAUAACUCAAACCUCGGUAACAUAAAAACCUCUAUAACUUCAAAAAAU